AUGGGGAAAAGGCACUAUCAAUUGAAACCCCAUCAUUUAAGGCGCCUUGUUACCCAUAUCGAAAAGGGCGGCAUUUUAGAUGGCCACGCAGAUGUCCCAGAAGCUGUGCGUGAACAUAUAUAUAUAGAGGAGCAGCAAAAGCUCGAGAAAAAAAGUCGCCAAGGUGUUGGAAACAUCAUGCCCUACCCUCCAAUCAAUAUUAAUGUCCUGCCAUCGCAAGCUUCCACAUCUGGGAUAGAUGGUUCACUCCCCAAGGUAUCAAUGGACCCAAUGGAUAUCCCGCUUGAGAUUCUUGGACUUAGAGAUGAAGCAGUGAAGAAAUAUGUCGAGUGGCAUAUGCCCAAUGAGACCAAUGAGACCCUCAAGGCUGGAUACCGACAAAUCUGCAAUGUGAUGCUCGAGAAUGGACUUGACCUUGAGCAGAUCUACAAAGACCAAGACCCGGCCUUUUUCAUCAAGAAGGGGGUCCAGUUAGGUGUUGCUCGACUUUUUGUGGACGACAUUCAGGACUGGGCUGAGAAGGCAGUCCGAAUCCACAACAUAGUGUAG